AUGAUACUCCCCUUCGGGUUGUACACUGUGGCACACACACACACACACACAGACACAGACACAAAGACACGGAGGAGGUGCAGGUACUGGCAUUUCGGACGUCGAACCGACAGUCAAGUCUGUUGUCGUGGCGGAUUGCAUGAGACGGCCUCCACUCCUCGUCCGGUCGGUCGGUCCGAUCCGAUCCGAUCCGAUCCGAUCCGAUCCGAUCCGAUCCGAUUCUGUCCAGGCGGCCAGAAUCUGGCCGGCCUGCGGCGCAUCGCAGGGCAGAAGCGCACGUGGCCCUCGGUCGAGUCGGAUCAGACCGAUCGGAUCCAGCCCCAGAUCCGCUUGACCAGUCCACAGGCUGUUGUCCUGGUGCGCCACCUCGCCAAGUCAGUCGAUGCCACGCCUCGACAUGGCGACGAGGUUGUGCUCCGCGAGCUGGCCACCACCAACACCCUCUUCGGCGAUGCCCUCUUGCCUUCACGUCGCCUCCCAGCCGAUAGACACAUCCUUCCGGCAUUUUAUCCACUUAUCCACCAAGAUAGAUAG